CCAGAAGCUGCCCUCUGUUUUCAGUUAGCUUUGUUACUGCAUUAGGUCCCAGUAAACAAGAGCUUUCCAAACAUGUUGCAGGAGCCAAGGCAGUUCUGGGCAUCUUGGUUGUAUCCCUGGGAGCUGCUGGCACUGUAACACAGCUGCUCCGCACUUUGGCUUUGGGGAUCUGCAGCACCUUCCCCUGGGAGACAGCCUGGGAUGUGGCUGCAGACAGGGAGAGGAGGGAAGUCCCCUGACUGUCUCCCUGGAGAGCAGGGCUCAGCUCUCACCCUGCAUUGGGCAAUCCUAGCACAGCUCCACUCCCUCUCUGUAUGUUUCCUUCUCUUUUCUUACUCCAUCUAUACCACAGAGAGAGGACAAAGGACUGUGAAGAGUUAAGAAUAGGUUAUAACAGAGCUGAGCACCUAAGCAUCACUAAGACCCACCAGCCUUCUCAGCCUCAGGUUCCCUUAUUUUCCAUGGUACCCUCCUGAUGGUCGGCAAGCUGCCAGUGUAACCCCUGCUUGCACCCAGUUCCCCAGCCUGGCCUGGCUCCUGUCCCGAAUAAGCUUUCACAUUUUAUAACUCUCAGAGAAUUUUUUAAAUUUAAUGGGUUUGGUAGGUUUUUUACCUUCUUAUCACCUGAGCUGGAGCCUCUCUGAGCUGCUGCCGGCUCUGGGGAAUACAAGUGAAUAAUUUAGGUCUGAUGGUGCGUUUGAAGUUUAAGAGAAGGAAGUGGCAUGUGCAGCCUGCUCCUCAUCGCUGCCCCAGAGCCACAACGCACAUAGCUGCUGUUUCUCCAAAGGCAGUCUCCAGGAUUCCCUAAGGAGACACACUGCACAUUGCAAGCCCUCCUUGGGCACAGGCUCCUGUACCCUGGCAGCCUGGAGGCCAACGCUCCCAGGCACCAGAGGGGCAAUGGGCCCAUUUUUGCCCAGCUGCUCUUCCAGGCUGUGACUCUGCAGUGAGGCAGCUCCCAGCACCAGCCCUGACGGCUGCAUGUGCCAUAGACCAAACUGCAGCACCAUCCUGCCUGUACAAGGCUUUAUGUGCUGGCCCAGGGCCUGGAAGGGGUAAAUGCCAAACCUGCUCGAGCAUGCCUGUCUUGGCAGCUCUGAAGCAUAGUGAAGAAGGCAGUGGCCAAACACAACUUGCUUCAGAGCUGAUUUAGAGCCCAGCUGCUGCCUGGCAAAGGGAGGUGCUUCUUGGGUCACCAGCCGAUUGUCUCCACAUACUGGUGAGGGAAGGAAGGAGUUGCAGUGUGCUGAGCAAUGGCAAUGCAGAGCUUUCGGCUGGCUUGCUCAUCUUUGCUGAGUGCAGAAAACACCACUGCUUUACUCUUCAGGGUGCAUUGGACUACACAGUCUGGAGCAGAUGAGAUUGCCCUCCCCAUGUCCUUGGGGGUUGUGCUACCAUCAGUGGUCUCUGUGGUCUGUGCUUGCACAAUGUCAGGUGUUGCUAGUUCUCAAGACAGGGGGUGCAGAAAGAUGCUCUGGGAAAUUGCUUUGAACCCCCUGCAAUUUGUUUUUCAGACAGCUGAGUUACUUUUGUCAGUGCUGGUGCAGUAGCAGCCCCAAUGGAGGCAAUCUGUUCCUCUUACAUAUACUUCUCUUUCCAAGGUGGCUCUGACAAAAAUUAAGCAUGAACUUUAGUGGUUUCCAGGAGCUCUUGGAAGAGCUAACAAGCAUAUCACAGGGUCCAGCAUUAAAUCCUUCCCUGCUGGGGUGCAGUAGAGAACGGAAACUGUCAGGCAAUUUGAGAUCCACUUAGCAAUUAGUGCAGAUGAAAGAAGCAUUAACGCAAAAGCGCCAGUCUCUGCUUUGGGUGGGGGGAGGAAAGGAAUGUGUAAGAGAAAAUGUAAACAUGACAAAAUGCGGCUGUGUAUCCCACAAAACAAUGAAUCAUAUUAACAUUUCCAAUCCUUUUCAUGCAAGCAUAAACAGUCGAUCAAUAUGUGACAGAAUUAAAGACCUGCAUUAAAACUCCUGGAGCUGAGGAUCUGUGAGAACAUACUAAUCUGUGGAAUUCUGUAUACAGCAUAAAAGGAAAGGCAAGUGGAUGCUCAAGGGCCAGAAGCUGCAAUAACAGAAGUCUGCUGGGCAAGAGGACUCCUCUGCCCACUCAGAGGAGCACCCACUGGAGAGGAAAAACCAUCACUGGCAAUUGAUAAGGCUCCUAGGGAUGCUGCCGGCUACCCUGCACCUCCCUGUGUGAGCCAGCAGAUGAUGGAAGUGACCGGCAUCAGCUGGGCAAAAGACCCUUCGCAAGGUGCUGGAAUAUCAUCUCUCAAAAGAUGGGAGUUACAAAUGGGCUUGUGAACUGCAUGUGUGACAUAGGCACCUCUGCUGCCAGAACCCUUGCACAGCAGCCCAGAGCCACCAAAGACCAGGCAGACGCUGGCCACAGCAGCUCAUCCUGGUAACUCCUCUGUGAAAUCGUGCAUGGAGAAGCUUCUCUUCCUGUCCCUUCCUGUGGAUGCCUGCUGCGGGUACCUGUAUCCUGCUCACUGCUGCAGACCUCACUGCUUGCUGGCAGGGUGGGCAGCCAGCAGCGCGUGACCCUGUUCCCCAGCCAGGUACGGAGCCACACUACUCUGUCCCUGGGGACAAAUGCCAGCUGCCAGGCUCAUCUCUGGAGGCCCAGGAGCAGCUGGCGAGGCACCAGCACUGACUGCUCCUGUGCUAGCAGCAGGCGGUCUGGGACGUGUAUUGUCACAGAAGUGACUCCAGCCUGCUGGGACAGAAGUGUUCCAGCUGCAGAACAUGGCAUGCAACAAGGAUGGGAAUAUUCUGCAUUGACCAGUGAGCCUUCUGCUGCUAGUGUGGACUUUCCUCCUCUUCCCUAAAGGAUGCCAGUUGCCUGUGCAAAAGCUACUGGUCACACAGCCUCCUAAAGUGCAAUGGCGAGCGGUCUGCAGGGCUUCUUGUGGACCAUGCUGCUGCUGUUCUGUGCCAUCCAGGAGCUGGGAGCCUGGGCCAAGCACACUUCUGUUGAGGGCCCUGGCCUCGGGCAGCAGGAAGACCCCGCACUGCUGGCCAGUGGGAGAGUGAAGCGUGGCUGGGUCUGGAAUCAGUUCUUUGUGGUGGAGGAGUACACGGGCACGGAGCCGCUCUAUGUAGGGAAGAUCCACUCAGACUCGGAUGAGGGGGACGGCUCCAUCAAGUACACUAUCUCCGGGGAGGGCGCAGGGACUAUCUUCCUCAUCGAUGAGAUCACAGGCGACAUCCAUGCCACUGAGCGCCUGGACCGGGAGCAGAAAACCUUCUACACGCUGCGGGCUCAGGCCCGCGACCGGCAGACGGACCAGUUACUGGAGCCUGAGUCAGAGUUCAUCAUCAAGGUGCAGGACAUCAACGACAGCGAGCCGCGCUUCCUGGAGGGGCCCUACAUCGGCAGCGUGGCUGAGCUCUCCCCCAUCGGCACCUCCGUGAUGCAGGUGAUGGCAUCUGAUGCUGAUGACCCCACAUACGGGAGCAGUGCCCGGGUAGUCUACAGUGUGUUGGAGGGUGAGCAGCACUUUACUGUGGACAGUAAAACAGGUGUGAUCCGCACAGCCGUGGCUGACCUGGACCGUGAGACACAGGACCGGUACGAGGUGGUGAUCCGUGCAACGGACAUGGCGGGACAGCUCGGUGGCCUGUCCGGUUCCACCACAGUCACCAUCGUAGUCACCGAUGUUAAUGACAACCCACCACGCUUCCCGCAGAAGAUGUAUCAGUUCAGUGUUGUUGAAACUGCCCCUGUUGGCACAGCUAUUGGGAGGGUGAAGGCAGAGGACUCAGACAUCGGGGAGAACACGGAUAUGACUUACCAGGUGAAGGAUGAGGAAGCAGUGGAGAUGUUCAAAGUCACCACAGACAGCAAUACCCAAGAGGCUGUCAUCACAGUGCAGAAGCCUCUUGACUACGAGUCGAAAAAGGUGCACACCGUUGUGCUGGAGGCCCUCAACAAGUUCGUGGACCCACGCUUCUUGGACCUGGGCACCUUUCGGGACCAGACCAUCGUGCGGGUCUCAGUGCUGGACGUUGACGAGCCCCCUGAGUUCCGACCCCUCUCUGACCUGAUGGAGGUCCAGGAGGAUGCACACAUUGGCUCUGUCGUGGGGGUGGUCACUGCCCUAGACCCAGACACCGCAAAUCGUCCUGUCCGGUAUGCCAUCGACCGCAGCACAGAUGCAGAGAGGAUCUUCGACAUCGAUGCCAACACAGGUGCCAUUGUGACAGGAAAGGUCCUGGACCGGGAGACAGCAGGGUGGCACAACAUCACUGUCCUGGCAAUGGAAGCAGAUAAUCACUCACAGGUGUCGAGAGCAUCCCUCCGUAUUCGAAUCCUGGAUGUGAAUGACAAUCCGCCUGAGCUUGCCACCCCAUAUGAAGCUGCUGUGUGUGAGGAUGCCAAGCCAGGCCAGCUGAUCCAGACAAUAAGUGUUGUGGACCGUGACGAGCCUCAGAGCGGCCAUCGCUUCUAUUUCACACUGGCACCUGAAGCCACCAACAAUCACCACUUUUCUCUGCUGGAUAUCAAGGACAACACGGCUGCGGUACACACGCAGAGAGUGAGCUUCAAUCGCCAGGAGCAGGAUGUGUACUUGCUGCCUAUUUUGGUGGUGGACAGCGGCCCCCCCGCCCUCAGCAGCACGGGGACUCUGACCAUCCGCAUCUGUGGCUGUGACAGCAGCGGGGCCAUCCAGUCCUGCAACAGCACAGCCUAUGUUGUGUCAGCUACACUGAGCCCUGGAGCUCUCAUUGCACUGCUGGUGUGCAUCCUCAUCCUGGUUGUGCUGAUCCUUCUGAUCCUCACACUGAAGCGACACCACAAAAGCCACCUGACAUCUGAGGAUGAUGAGGACAUGCGGGACAAUGUCAUCAAAUACAACGAUGAAGGGGGUGGUGAGCAGGACACAGAGGCCUAUGACAUGUCAGCCCUGCGCAGCCUCUACGACUUCAGUGAGAUCAAAGGCGGUGAUGGAGGGGGGAUAGCAGCAGAGGGAGGCCUGAGCGGAAACCCAGCCUCUGAGCUCCAUUCCCUCCCACAGUGGGUGCAGAGCCCGGACCUGGACUUCUCAGUGUUCAGAGACUAUAUCUGCAGGAAGGUGGAGCAGGCGGAUGAGGACCAAUCUGUGCCGCCCUACGACUCGUUCCAGACCUAUGCCUUCGAGGGCUCGGACUCCCCCGUGCCCUCGCUGAGCUCCAUCAACACUUGGUCCAGCAGCUCUGAGCAGGACUUCUCCUACCUGGGGGGCUGGGGGCCGCGUUUCCGGCAGCUGGCAGCGCUGUAUGCAGGGCGCAGGGCCGAGGAGGAGGCUGAUGCCUCGUAGCCAUCCCACCCCCCCCCCCGAGGUGCCGGCGGCUCCUGGACCAGGCUCCGUGCCAGGAGGGCUCUGUGUGCUCCGGACCGACCCUGCCGAGGGGAUGCAGUGAUGGUUGACGGGAUCCUCAGCACCUGCCUCCUGUUCAUGGCACCUCCACACAAGAGGCUGAUGUUCCCAAAGGAGCCACUGAGGCAACAGCUUCUCCUUAAUACUGGUCUCUGUUAAAGCACUACGCAUUCAUUUCAGAAAAUCUAAUUCAGGAGAGUUUGCAGAGGGUUUCUGCCCCACAAAUUAUCAUUUAAAUUGAUCUGUUCAGUGAGCCCUUUCCAGGAGAGGAAGACCAAACUGGGAGCCUUUUGUUGUCUAAAUUGUUUUUGUCACUUGAGUCACAGCAUUUGAAGUGCUUUCUUCUCUCUAAGAGCUUUCCUUACAGAGGAAAACAAGCUUUUAGCUUCAGCUUUUCCCUACAGGUUCUCUCACUGUUUGGAGUCCUCCUCUCUGUGCAUGGGCUCCUCGGCAGCACCCAGCUGCUGGUGCAGGGCAGAGGGAGCAUGUGCUGGGGGUGCAUGUCCUGAAUCUGGGCUCCAAGAUUACGUUCUGCAGUAGAGUUCACUUCGAAACACACUUCACCUCUAAAUGCGAUUGCAUCACCUCUCCGUUCUUAGACCUUUCUUGUGGUUAUCAAAGAUGCUCAUGACUUGAAGUGGCUCUCUCCCUCCCUCCCUGCACAGCAGGCAUUGUCUGCAAGGUCCUGUGCUCCAUGGCACUGGAACAGAGACGUCCCCAUCACCACCACGGCAUAGGGGUUGCAGAGCAGCACUUUCCCCAUGGGCUCUGCAGCCCCUCAGUAGGCUGGGCCUGGUUCUGCAGGGGUCUCAGCCAGGCCCCAGCUUCCUACCAAAUGCCAUAGGCUGCACAGGGCAGAGGCAGGAUGUAGGGACACCCUGGCCCCCAGUGGUAGGGGAGCUGUGUCCGGGCUUGAAGACCAUGCUGUAGGGUGCAAGAGAACCCCAGCUGCUGGUUUGGAGCGGUAAUUCCUGUUUGCACCCAGCUGACAGCAAAGCAUCACCACUGGUGGCAGAAAAGCCAUCCCCAGGACAUGUGCACAAGGCCAGAUCCUGCUGGUGCUGCUGCAUGGCCGAGCUGGUUGCUGCAGGCUGGGCAGUGGGCCUGUGACACCAUAGGGUGCCUGAUGUGUCCCCAGCCUGCCACAUGCCCUGCAGAAACUGGUACAAGCUCCCAUGCGGGGGCUGCCUCCUCAAGCAGUUUAUUGCAGGAGCAGGCUGGUGGGAUGUGGCAUUGCUCCUCUGCCUCCAGAUGAUGCUGGAGGAGAGCACUCCCUGCCCUGCGCCGGUCCAGCCUGCAGGCUCCCGCUGCGGCAAAUCGAGCAGUGCAUUGAGCAGCCCCCUCGGGCAGCUCUGGCUGUGCUGGAGAGUGCAGCUCCUCAUCUGUUCGCACUGGGGAAAAAAAUCAAUUACAUCAUUGAUAGGUAACUGAUAAGGUCUCCCAGGCCUGACACAUCCUGGGCUUGUCAUUGGGUUUGUCCUUUUAGUUUAGCCACAGAGAGUGUUUUCCUCUCCUUGGAGAAGGUUUAACUGUAAAUGUACAGCAUGUUCAUUUUUUACUGUGUUUUGUUUCCUGGCUGCUGGUGUUGUUCCCUUGGCUGCAGCGCAAGACCUGGCAGCAGAGAGGGGCAGGACACAUCUUUGCCAUGGCUCCUGCCCACUGCCCCCAUGUCUGCCCACACAGGAGCUGCAGCUUGGCUUUCAUGCUGGGACCAGGAGCUGCUGCUUCUCAGGAUCUCUCUGCUCGCCCUCAAAGGAGGCAGCAGGCGCCUGCUGCUGGCACCCAUGCCCUGGGUGUUGCUGGUUCACUGUGAUGAUGCUGAGGAGGCAGCGGGGCCGACAGGCUGCUUCACACUGGCUCUGGCUGCUCAGCCCCAGAACAGGAGAAUGGAGAAAGCCCUCUCUUUCCUCAGGAAUGUGUUUGUGUUUUCCCUCCAGGCUGAAGAGCUGUACCCAAGCCCCUCCAGGGCUGGCCCUUCCUCUAGCAAAACUGUUGUGCAAUAGCAAGGCUCUGUCCGUAGGAGAUGGGGUCUAACAGGGUACAUGUUUUAGCAACCCUCCCAGCAGGUUCCUCCCCAUCCCAACCAGGCAGUCCACGCACGUGCACCUGCAAUUUCAUUUCUGUUCCCACAUGUGAAUUGGAGGAGUGCGGUGCCCUGCACUCUCUGCGCCCUGCACGCAGCAGGAGAGGCUGGUGCCUGUCAGGGCAGCUGAUGGAAUCACUUCAGGUUUCUUUCUCUACCCAGAUCAAAUUAGAAGGUUGAUUUCCUCACCCUUGUUAUUUUUUUCAAGGUCUUUGUGGGACCUGGAAAUAAAUUAUUCCUUGUCAUCUA